AUGGGAUCACCACAGAUUGUGUGCUCUUCUUUUGAUCUUCCUAUAGAUCGCUCCCUUGAUGUUAGUGAAUGUGCAUUGCUUUCCAAGGAGUUUAGUAGGAAGGAGACUAAGGGGGUGGUUUUCUCAGCUGAUGAUGACAGUACCCUUGGAACGGAUGGCUUUGGUGUUUAUUUUUUCAAGAAGACUUGGAGCAUUAUUGGUGAUGAUAUCUGUAGGGCAAUUUGGGAUUUUUUUGAUAACCUCAAUCUUCUGGAUCAGCUUAAACUCUCUAGACUGACGCUGGUGCCGAAAGGUGUGACACAGAGCACUUUUAGUGAUUUCCGCCCUAUUGUUGUGAGUUCCCUUGUUUACCGUUUUAUUUUUAAGUUGUUGGCUAAUAGAAUGAAGCUAGUGAUUAAUAAAUUGGUUGAUUAUAAUCAAUCAGCCUUUGUGGAGGGGAGAUACAUAGCUGAAAAUGUACUCUUGUGUCAAGAGCUCUUGAAUGGCUAUCACAUUAGUGCAGAUGAUCUUUUUGUUUUUGGUAAAGCUACUGUAGCUAAUGCCAAUGAGCUGGUGCGGCUUUUAUCUGACUUUUCAAAGCAGUCUGGUCUUACUGUUAAUAGUGGGAAGUCCUCUAUCUUGUUUGCAAAUACACCCCUUGAGGUGCAGGUUUUUUUUGAGAGUGCUACAGGGAUUGCUGCUGGGUCACUCCCGAUCCGUUAUUUGGGUGUACCACUUGCCUCUAAGCGGCUUAAGAGUUCUCAUUUUUUGGGGUUGAUUACUAAAGUACAGGACAAAAUUGGAUCCUGGUCAUCCAAGUUUCUCUCUUUUGCUGGACGGCCAGCCCUCAUUCAGUCUGUUCUUAUGGGUACCAUCAAUUAUUGGCUCAGUGUUUUUAGACUUCCAUGUGGGACUAUCGCUACUUUGGAGAAGAUGAUGGCCAAGUUCCUUUGGAAGGGUUGUUCAGAUGUGGGCUCCUACAAGGUCUCUUGGUUGGCUGCAUGCUGUCCGAAAGACGAGGGUGGUUUGGGGUGGUUGAGACGACAUUCUAUUUGGUCCCUCCCUGUUCCAGCUUUGUGUUCUUCUACAUUUCGUGAAAUUCUUCAUACACGAGAUGUUGCAGUUGGAUGUGUCCGACAUCUGAUCAAGGAUAGUGAUGGUACUCUUGUUUGGGCUGAUCCGUGGCUGCCGGCUGGCCCACUAGGUGUGCAGUGUAUUCUGUUGGCUGAGGCUCUUGGCCGAAGUCUUUUUGAUCGUGUUGGCAUGCUCUUGGUUAGUGGGAAUUCUUGGGUGAACCCGAAUGAUGACCCUGUGAUAUCUAAUCGGUGGGAGGAGAUAGUUGGUACCAAGGUACAUUCGCAUCUUCAAGAGGAUUUAGUGAUCUGGACUCCAUCAGCUAAUGGUUUGUUUACCCUUCGAUCUGCAUGGGAUGCAGUCCGCACUAGGAGUGACAAGUUGGCAUGGUGUAAUUUGGUAUGGUUCCCUUCUUCUCAACCUCGUUUCUCCUUCAUUACUUGGUUGGCAUGCUUGGGUAGGUUGACGACUCGAUGGCUGCUUGCGCAAUGGGGUAUGUUGGUGGACACUUCUUGUGUCUUAUGCCGGAAUGGGGUGGAUUGUUUGGAUCAUCUCCUAUUCCAAUGUGCUUUCUCGGCUGUUGUUUGGAAGGACAUUCUUAGUUUGAAUGGUUUCAGGAGAGAACCUAUGUGUUCAUGGCAGGAGGAACUUCAGUGGUUAGGCACACAUUCUUCAGGUGAUUCCAUUCCUAGCAGGAUCAGGCGCUUCAGCUUUACUUCCACAGUUUACAGGCUGUGGCAGGAGAGGAAUUCACGGCUUUUUUCAAGUUGCAGCAAUUAUGAGAAGUCAGUAAUUCAACGUAUUAUUACAGAUACUCAAGGUGCAUUCUCAAAUUGCCCCAAGGUGUGUAUGGACAGCAUGUGGAACCGGUCCUUUUUUCGUGAUUGGGGUAUUAAUGUUUCUUUGGUUCACCCAAAAGUGAGUUAUCAUGUCUGGUCGCCUCCUCCCCUUGGUUGGGUUGCUAUCAACUGUGAUGGAUCGGUUAAGCAAGAUCGUGGGGGUUAUGAUGCAAUUGGGCGGGAUCAUUUAGGGAACCCUUUGUUUGCUAUUGCUGGUGGUGCGCGUGAGGUUAGCAUCGUCCAUAUGGAACUGCAAGCCAUUAAAAUAGGUCUUUUAAAGGCCAGCAGCUCCAAUCUUUCCCGGGUGCAGGUGCGGUCAGACUCCAUUUUGGCCAUUAAGAUGAUUGUGGGUACCUUUGCUUUGUCAUGGGAAGUUAGGUGGCUGAUAGAGAACAUCAGAAUAUUGCACGAAUCUUUUGUUAGUUGUUCGUUUGCUCAUCAGGUUCGUGAGGCAAAUUCGUGCGCAGACUACUUAGCAGGCUUGGUGGACACUUGUGUUGAGUUUUCUUUUUCUAUGGACUCUCUCACUUCUGCACUUUCUGUUAUGAUACAGAAUGAUGCUCGGGGAAAGAAGUAUCCCAAUUGUAAUCAGUUUAUUUCAGUAAUAUAA